AUGGCGGUUGAAGCCACGUCAUCCAUCCUGCAGUUCGCCACGUGGCAGAGCUCCGUUGACGUGUCGUUCUGGGAGAAGCUCGCGUCGCUGAAGGUCGACUCGCAAGGCCUGACAGAGGAAGACGUGGCAAUCCAUGGUUUCUUCACGCCAUCCUCACACUCUCAGCUCCCCUCCUUCCUCUCCCUCUCCUCCGCCUCCUUCCCCCCUUCCCCUGCCCCACCUCCUCGCUUCCACCUCAUUCAACCGGAUGGUACCACCAAUACUUCGGACAGCACCAUUGGAGGUGAGAUGGAUUUGCGGAGAACGGUGAUCGUAGCGGAGUCGUUUCGGGCGUUUGACCGAUGGAAGAUGAUGGAGGGAGUGGCACAGCAGCUUUGGCAGGACGUUUUAUCUGGCAAGGCAGAAAAGCACCCAUCUCUCCUCAACGCAUUCUUCCUCCUCGUCUAUCCAGACAUCAAGCAUUGGCGCUUCCACUACGCCUUUGCCUUCCCUGCUCUCGCCCUCCCCGCCCCUGCCACACUUGCUGGCCUGCCUCUGCCUGCAACGCAAGCCUUUUCUCCGGAACUGGCAGAAGCUAUCGAGAAGGAGUGUGAGCGAUGGAGACAAGAAGGGAGUGGGAGGGGGCCAAGGGAAGUGGAAGCAGCUGCGUUGACUGGCGAAGCUGAAAGUCCCGAGGGAGGGAAACAGGACGGAAACGAGAGGGCAGUUACGGACGGCGAAGCAGCAGAGAAUGGGGAAGUGGACGAGGGAAGACAAGGAGAGAAAGGCAAUGAGAGCGCAAGUGGAGAAAUAAGAACAGCGGACAGCGCAGCAGCAGCAGCAGCCGUAGUAGGAGAAACUGCAUCGGAAGCCCUCUUAUCGGAGAAGGGUGCCCCUUUCUUCCUUCUCCAAAUAGACACCAGCACCACUAAUACCAGCUCCGCACAUCCCUCAGUAACAGCACAUCCGUUAACAGAGUACCAGCGACUGGCAACCCAAAGCGAAUCCCUCUCUUCCUCUUCCCCCUCCGCUCCUCCAUCUCUCCUCGUUGCAUUCUUCGACCCCUGCCAUCUGCCUCUCUCCCCCGGCUGGCCCCUCCGCAACCUGCUUCUCCUCGCCUCUCUUCGCUGGCAGGCCACGUCCCUUCAUGUGCUCUGCCUGCGGCAGCGACACGGUCGGAUCAGCCUGCACCACUCGCUGCUGCUGCACGUCCAGAUACCACCUCCCCCAGCUGAUUGGCUGAACCCAAUCACAGCACCUGCCACGUGUCCAUCCGCCACUGGCUGGGAGCUGAACGCCAAGGGGCGAACCGGGGCGCGGUGCGCUGACCUGGCACCGCUGAUGGACCCUGCCAGGCUGGCAGACGAGGCGGCGUCUCUCAACCUGAAGCUGAUGAGGUGGCGCGUGCUGCCACAGCUGCAGCUGGAGCGGUUGAAUGCAACAAAGUGUUUGCUUCUAGGGGCCGGCACGCUUGGAUGUCAAGUGGCGCGCUCUCUGCUGGCAUGGGGCAUUCGUGACAUUACCCUCGUGGACUACGGGGCGGUUUCGUAUUCUAACCCGGUGCGGCAGUGCCUCUUCACUGUCAAGCACUGCUUGAAUGGCGGCGUGCCAAAGGCACAGGCGGCAGCCGAAGCACUCAAGGAAAUACUCCCCGCAGCUCGCACGUCAGGCCAUCGCCUUGCCAUUCCCAUGCCAGGUCACCCCGUGUCGCCCUCCGAGGCGCCACGUGUGCAGGCUGACGUGGCAGCCCUGCUGGCACUCAUCCGCCAAUCAGACACCGUCUUCCUCCUCACCGACACAAGAGAGAGCCGCUGGCUGCCCACCCUGCUAUGCGCGGCCGAGGGGAAGGUGGCCAUCAACGCUGCCCUCGGUUUCGAUUCCUUUCUUGUCAUGCGCCACGGGGCACCACCACCAUUGCUUCCGCAUGCCACGUCAGCACCAGCGGCAUCUGAGUCAGCACCAGCAGCGUCUGAGUCAGCACCAUCAGAGUCUGAGUCAGCAUCAGCAGCAUCUGAGUCAGCACCAGCAGUGUCUGAGUCAGCACCAGCAGCGUCUGAGUCAGCACCAGCAGCGUCUGAGUCAGCGCCAUCCAAGCGCCUCGGCUGCUACUUCUGCAAUGAUGUCGUUGCUCCUCUCAAUUCCAUGGCUCAUCGCACGCUAGACCAGCAGUGCACAGUCACCCGCCCUGGCCUGGCAACCAUAGCGGGGGCUUUGGCAGUGGAGCUAUUGGUGGGACUGCUGCAUCAUCCCCUGGGAUUCGCAGCACCACCAGAAGACACCACUGCUGAUGGCUUCCCUUCUUCCACCUCCACUUCCUCCUCCUCGGCCGAUCUCUGCUCGCCUCUGGGUCCGCUGCCCCACCAGCUGCGUGGCUUCCUCUCCUCCUUCUCUCAGCUGCCCAUUACUGGCUUCGCCUUCCACCAGUGCACCGCCUGCUCCCCUACAGUGGUUUCAGCAUACAGGGAGCGUGGUUUUGCGUUCCUUAUGGACGCGUUUAACGAUCCCACGUACUUAGAAAGGAUAACAGGAUUGGAUAAGCUGCACGCGGCUACUGUGGAGAUAGAGGUUGAUUGGGACGAUAGUGAGGAUGAUAAUACGGGGAUCGAGUCGACGCGAACAGCGAGAAAAGCUGCGGUAACGGUACCGAUCGUGUUGCCAACGUUGCUUCCCAACAACCGAUACAACGCCAAGUGCCUCGACGGAAGCCCCCCUGGAUAUUACUUCCGCCCUGGUUUCCGCAAUGGUGCGUCGUCGUGGCACAUCCACCUGCCGCCCGGCGGCUGGUGCUCCAGCCUCUCUGCGUGUGCGAAUCGCAGCACCACCUUCCUGGGGUCCUCUAAACCCGAGCGGCAGAAGGAUAGUCCUUAUAGUAACGCAUCAUACGCAUACUUGGGCAUAUUAAGCACCGGCCCUUAUGUCAACCGCGCCUUCCGCAACUGGAACCUCGUAGUGCCCAUCUAUUGCGACGGAGGGGGGUUUCAGGGCACGGCGGGAUGGGUCAAAGUGAACAGCAGCUUCGGGAUUUACAUGGACGGGUGGAAUGGAAUCAAAGCGGUGCUGGCAGAUGUGAAGGAGUUAAGGGGAAUGCAGUCCGCCGAACGAGUGCUGCUGUCAGGGCAAUCAGCAGGAGCCCAGACGGUGCUGACGCUGUGUGAGCACAUGCGGGAGUAUGCUCCCAAUGCAAAGACCAUCAAAUGCCUCAUGGACUCCGGCUCAUUCACAGACUCGAACGAUCGCUAUGGGCAGCCUUUCUUUCAGAGAAUGGCGUCUGACAUUGUCGCUCUGCACAAGUUUACUGGCAGCACCAAGUGCGCGCAAGCCUAUUCUACGAGUGAGCGGUGGCACUGCUUCUUCCCCCAAUACGCCCUGCCCUUCAUACCCCGCUCCCUCCCCCUCUUUGUCAUCAAUUCUCUCUUUGACUAUCGCGCCCUCAUGCUUGGAAACCAACUCUCCCCUACCAACCAAACCUACUCGGUUCGGUGCGUUGCCGAGCUGCUUCGGCUCCUCCCGAACCUCACCGUCCAAUCGCUGACCGCCAGCUCGCCGCGGCAGCUGGCGCUGUCUUUAGCGGGGAAAAAAGCGAGUAAGGAGUGUACUAGCAGUGAGCAAUUGGCGGCACUGUGGGCAGGGCAGAAUGUGGGGAAGUUUGUUCAAAGUGUGCAGCAGAGGGGGAAGGGUAGUGAUGUGUUUAUCCCAGUGGGGAUUGAGCACUGUGUGAUUGCGCUUCCCUAUUGGAAUCGCCUUAGAGUGGAUGGGGUUAGGCUGUGUGAUGCAGUUGUCUCGUGGUAUUUACAAAAAUGA